ACCGGUAGCUCCCUCCCUCCAAACCCCUCCCUCAGCUUCCCUUCCCAUCUGCCCGUCUUCUUCUUCUUCCUCCUCCUCCUGCCCUACCCGCGGCCGCGCGAUAUAAAUACAUCACCCUCCCCAUCCGCCUCUCCGCCAGCAAACCAGCACAGCCGUACGCCGCCGGCAACUGCGUUCGCGCGAGCGCCUGUCCGCGUUGUACAUAUUUGUGAGUAAUCCGUCACCUCUGUACGCAGCACGCACAUGCCGCCGCCAAAGCGCAGAUGAUUCCAGUCUUUCCCUACUUUUGAAUCUGUGCCUGAUGAAUCUGCGUCGUCGUGCUGUAGCACUAGCGAGUGUUUCCCUUGCGACGUAGAGUUUGCUGAUGUUCAUCUAAUUAGCCCGGAGGACUCGGGAAUCAGAAUUCACCGUGGUGUCAGGGAGAAAAAGUGGAUCGAACUUCGGAUCACCUGGUACCAUUUGUUUACGAUACAGGUAUUGAACGACAAGAUGGUUAAUUUUGGAAAGAAGUUGAUGGCUGAUCAAGUAGAAGAAUGGAAAGGAUACUAUAUUAACUACAAAUUGAUGAAGAAAAUGUUGAAGCAAUACGUUCAGCAGACCCAACUUGGUGGAAAAGAUCGAGAGCAAGUACUUAAAGAGUUCUCAAGAAUUCUUGAUGAACAGAUUGAAAGGAUUGUACUUUUUCUGCUACAACAACAAGGCCACCUUGCUAAUAGGAUUGAGGAAUUGGGAGAACAGCGUGCUGCUCUUCUAGAACAGCAUGAUAUAUCCCAAGUUUUUCAACUACGAGAGGCUUAUAGAGAAGUUGGGCGAGAUCUUAUAAAGCUUCUCCGUUUUGUUGAUAUGAAUGCUACUGGUAUAAGGAAGAUUCUAAAGAAAUUCGAUAAGCGCUUUGGCUAUAGGUUUACAGACUAUUAUGUCACCACUCGUGCAAACCAUCCUUAUUCUCAGCUUCAACAAGUCUUUAAGCAAGUGGGGAUUGUAGCUGUUGUAGGAGCUUUAUCGCGCAACCUUGCAUAUCUGCAAGAUCAUGAAGGAAGUGUUUUGUCCAUCUAUGAUCAUCCAUCAGUUACCUUAAAGGACCCUAUCAUAGACCAAGUAAAUCAUGCGGUACAAAAACUUACACAUGCGACGAGUUUUCUGCAAUUCUUAGGUCAACAUGCACUUAUCAUCCAAGAGGACGUGCAAAGUGGGUCGGAGGAUCUUGUCGAUGAUCAAAGUUACCAUUUCAUGUCUUUGAUACUCAACCUAGUGAACACCUUUCUUUACAUGGUGAACACAUAUAUCAUUGUGCCAACUGCUGAUGACUACGCUGUAAGCCUUGGAGCUGCAGCGACAGUUUGUGGCGUAAUCAUCGGAUCAAUGGCAGUUGCUCAAGUGUUCUCCUCAGUUUAUUUCAGUGCAUGGUCAAAUAGGUCAUACUUCAGACCUCUUGUAUUCAGUAGCAUCAUGUUAUUCGCUGGGAAUCUGCUAUAUGCAUUAGCAUAUGACCUGAAUUCUCUGACAGUUCUCCUGAUUGGCCGGCUACUAUGCGGGUUAGGCUCUGCAAGAGCUGUGAACCGUCGAUAUAUCAGCGAUUGUGUGCCUCUCAAAAUCAGGCUACAGGCCUCUGCAGGAUUCGUCAGUGCUAGUGCUCUUGGCAUGGCAUGUGGCCCUGCUCUUGCUGGUUUACUCCAGACAAGAUUUAAGAUAUACUCACUCACUUUUGAUCAGAGCACGUUGCCUGGGUGGGUCAUGUGCAUUGCUUGGCUUGUUUACUUGCUGUGGCUGUGGAUAUCAUUCAAAGAGCCGGGACACUUUGCUAAGAGUUCAGACACGGCACAGCCUGCUGAAUCUGGCCAUCAAGUCAAUGCUAAUCUGGAGGAAGGUCUAGCGCAACCAUUGCUUACAGGCUCAGAAGAGGGACAAGACCAAAAUGCUGAGGAUAAUGACGAUAACGAAGAGGAGUCUAAAAAUUCUCACGGGCCAGCAACUUCAAUCAGUUCAGCAUACAAAUUGUUGACACCAUCUGUGAAGGUCCAGCUAUUGAUAUACUUUAUGCUCAAGUACGCUAUGGAAAUCUUGCUCUCUGAAUCAAGUGUCAUCACCACAUACUAUUUUAACUGGUCUACAAGCGCUGUGGCUAUCUUUUUAGCGAUUCUUGGGUGUACUGUUCUCCCUGUCAACGCCAUUGUUGGAAGCUACAUUACAAAUUUAUUCGAGGACAGGCAAAUUUUGGUGGCAUCUGAAAUCAUGGUCCUCAUUGGUAUAAUCAUGAGCUUCCGUUACACCCCUCACUACUCCGUUCCGCAGUACGUCUUGUCCGCUCUCAUCACAUUUGUGUUUGCUGAGGUCCUCGAAGGAGUGAACCUGUCGUUGCUUUCACGAGUAAUGUCGUCGAGGCUCGCGCGAGGAACCUACAACGGCGGCCUCCUGUCGACAGAGGCCGGGACGCUGGCCCGUGUAGUUGCAGACGCGACGAUUACCGCGGCGGGUUAUCUAGGCCCGGACCUCCUGCUCAACAUCACUCUGCUGCCACCUCUUGUCAUCUGCAUAGCCUCCCUCGUUGCAACAUUCUGCACAUACAACACCCUGUACUAAGGAAGUUGCCUCUCUCUGCACACUGUAGAGCCGGUUAAACUUUAUUCAUGCUCACAUUGGGUUGUAUUUUACAUGUAUCUGCAUGCGGUAGCAUUCUUUGUUUGUACAAGUCCUUAAACAGUUCAAUAAAAUGUUCUUCUGUAAAUCCUACAGAUGUUUUCUCGAUGCAUGUUUACAGUCCUUAUGCAUUUUACAUAUGUAUUCAUUUUUCCUAUAUCUGUAAAAAAAAUUUCUUGAUCUGUACCAAUAUUAUGAGUUAUGAGGUUGAAAAGACACAUGCACCAUGGACAA